CUUCAUUCACGCUGUCAACCAAAAAGCAGAAAAGAAAAGAAAUAAUGACAAUCACCAAAAUUCAAACCGAAAAAAAGUCACCAAAAACAUUUUUGUUCAGCCAAUUUCCCUAAAAACGGCAAAAUUUUACGUUUUCAGACUAAACGUGUUCGAAAUAUCUUUAGAAGUGUUAAGAGUUUGUUCAAGAGACUGACAGUGACGAUGGCAACCAAAAGACCUCCGAUUAAAAAGCCGCGUGAAUUGGUCGACAAGGCCGCGGAACUGCCAGAGGUGGCUCUGGCUGCUAUCGCAUCCUACAAGAAACAGAAAGAAGUAGGCGAUUUCAUUAACUUCCUGCUAGCGGCAUUGGAACGAAAUUCCAACUGGUUGAAUACACUCGUCGGCAGGCAGAACAAUUUCAGAUGCGCAUUAAUGGUAGGAGCCGGUCCGAAUCGCUUUCAACUCCAAGAAAUCAUAUAUCCAUCUGGCGGCAGCGACAUCAAACUAGAGGUCGAGCUUAAGGACUCUGAAGACCAUGACAAAAUUGCUAUCGCCGCGUUAGUGAAACUUACCAAUAUAGACUUAGAACAUCUUCUGAAGUACAUCAAAACUCGCUUAUGUGACAACACCAUGUUACGUGAAGAUCUACUAAAGGGCAAGGCGUUGGGCGUAAGUUUUGCCGUCCUGAGACCUUUCUCCGACAAACAGUACCGUGUGAUGGAGAGGAUCGUUAUCGGGAGUUCCAUGAAAUGUGUCGUUCCUAUGAUCAAAAAACGUCGAAGGGACGAGAAAAUAGUAAGUGGACCUCCCUUUAAGAAGACCAGAAAAGUCACAUAGAAAUCAGUAAAUAUAGUUUCAGGAUUAUUGGAUAUAAAAACAUUUUCAAACAAAAUGGACAGUCGUUAUGGUGUACCGCAGUGUCAUGUAGCAUGUAAUGGCAGCAAUUUGGGUCGACUGUAAAAUGCGAAGCUCACAGUAAAUUAUACUCAUUUUUGCAAUGAUCGUUUCCGAUUACCUAUGAUGGAUGAGGGCGCAUUUGUGGCGAAAUGGCUACUACAUUUUGACGGAUAUUCAUUUCUUUUUACCCUUGUAAUGUGCCUUGUUAUUACAGAAAUACAUUUAAUCAAUCCCAUA